AUGCCGCCGGCAACGAUGACACGCGACGCUGUCUCGUUGACUAAUGUAAAGUCGACUUCGCAGCCGGUAGGCGCAGUGCCCGUCUUACGGACCGAGACGCCACCCAAGACUUUCUGGGCGAAAACACCCAGGGCCAGCGCCAAGAAAGAAAUGGAGAGCAUUGCAGUGCGGGCACCCAUGAGCUCCUCGCGCAACUGCCGAACAGCUCGGAGCCGGGUCAACUACGGCUAA